AUGGCCCGCAAAGGCGGGAGCUCGACUCAGCGGAUGGCACCGCCACCAGUGACUAACGGCAAUUCAAACGGCGUUCCGCCCCCUUCUACCAUCGCGGCUCAAAUUGUGCAUAACGCUUCAAAUGUCAAUGCGCGGCAUGGCGAAGUAGCCAAAGUCAGCUUUGGUGAACUAGUAAAAGAGUUUCUCCAGCAUCCAAACACCGACGAGCCUGAUCAACAACUCGUAGCGCUCAUAUGCGUCAUCGCGGAAGCGGGUCUCGAGGGACUAUUCAAAGACGAUCCGUUUGCCCAGGACCAGCAGAGGCAGCAGGGCAUCGACAGUAUUGCCGCGCUCACCUUCAUCUUGCAACAAAAGCCACAUCUACUGCUGAGCAUCCGGGACGGCCAAGAUGACAGUAUUCCUCGGCCCCCGCUCAUUCUCUGGUUGUUCCCUAAGUUGCUGGGCCUCUUGACCCAUGCAACACUCAAUCCUGUGCACGAACACGUACAGCAACUGCUCCAUCUGUGCCUAAGCGUGCUUGCUCGAACAUCUGCUCUCUGGCGCCCAGCUACAGCAGUCUCACAACUCUACAGGUCGUGUGUGCAAUCUAUCUUGACAGAGCUGCAAUCUGUGGACGAUCCGGCUUCCGCACCUGCGCCGUCUUUCAGUGUUGCCCUGCCAUCAUCAACCAGCAUCGGCGAGUUCUGGCCUGAAAGCCAGCAAAUCAUUGCCCUACCCCAUGAUCUGCAACGAACAAUCACUUCGCAACUAGGAGCCAUCCAUAUUGGCUUUUGUCUGCUCCUUUCGUUGGCCAAUGUCAUCCAACCUCAAGGUAGCGUGUCUGUAACGCCUGGUGCCCUAGAUCAUCAUCUACCAUGGAUCAUGGACAGUGCUCAAGCUUUGUGGAAACAUUUCAGGCGUUGGACAACAAGUUCGGAGAAGCGCCUUUUCGUCGAUGAGAUUACGCGUGUAUAUCUGCAGCUACUAGAAAUCCUGUUUCUUCCUGCACUUUCGCCUGAAUAUCGCUCCUUGGCUUCAUUGAAGAAUGCACAGGGAUUGAUUGUCAGCCUCAGCGAGCUUCUUGAUGGCCUGUCAUCAUCGCCAGCAUCAGAAAUCAGUCAAGUGCGACUGGCUAUCCUUUUCACCCACUUACGCAGUAUACUUAUCUCGUCCCCUACAGAUGUCUCGACUACCCAGCGCCGGCAGGACGCGAGCAGAUCAAUCGUUCUACACGAUGUUGAGGAGGUUGUAGCCAGAGCCUGUCAGGACGUGGAGCAAUUUUCUAAAUUCCAUAAAGACUUACAGCUUGCCCUCUGUCUCUGGACCUUACCAGGUACAUGGCCUAUGCAUGUUGCAGACAUACGUAAAGAGCUCUGCGAGAGUGACACUGGCAGCUUUUCGAACGCUCAACUUACCGACGAAUCGACGCAAAUCCUAAAGGUAUUCCGCGAAUUGAACUUAGGGAGCGAAGAAAGGCCUACCAAGCGGCGUAAGACAUUACCGGACACUUCGGACAUCAACCGUACCACCUAUGAGCGGCUCAUGAUGGUAUUGAAUGACAGUACCUACGACUCCCCUAUCCUCAACUUGUCUAAUCUUCAUAAUAUCAUGGAAGCAAGGUACUCUUCCAUGAUGGACGAUGAACGACAGAACGAGCGUGUACAAGUGCAUAUUAUGACCGCGUUCGCAAAGAUUGCAUGUGCUGGAUCUCGGUGUCUGGAACCAUCACAAUCCGCCUCACAGCCACUACAAUCACUUGCUUGUAUAUUAUGCGAUACCAGCUCUCGGCAUGAACGAGGCGCCACAACGUUUUGGAAUGAACAGGAUGAUACAGGGAGCUGGAAGGACGCCAUUGCUGCCAUGCUUGCCGUCACGAAAGAGCCAGCAUUCGAAGAGUCAUCGCAAUCUCGGGUGCUUAUGGCUGUGGCCAUUGGCCGUGUCUAUAAUCAUAUCUCUGACCCUGAGUAUCUAUCUCUCGAGGUGUGUGAGCUAGGGCAAUGGUUACUUGCGUCUAUGAGUAGAUCCCUACGGGAGCUGAAGCUUGCGGCGACAGGUUCCUUGAUGGUUUUUCUACGAGAUGACAUAUCCAAGAACGUUCGCGGGAAAAAUCGGCGGUCAUUCAUAGAGUUUCUGGAUGCUCUGGCGAAACGUAACGUUCUGUCCGACCAGGAAACGUUGAUCCUUGCGUAUGGUCGAACCGCAAUGACGUGCGGCGAACUAGAGCUACCCAUAAUAUUACAUCACCUCAUCGAAUACCUAGGCCAUCCUAACGCACUGGUGUGCGGUAUGGCUUACCGCGAACUUGAGUCGAUCGCUAAAGGGUAUUCUAUGGAUACAAUGCAGCUCUUGAGCCCUUACUGGAAGGUCAUUGGCUUCUCAGUCAUAAAAGACGUCAUUAACCAGCCUCAGAAGGCGCAGCAGCUGGCAGAUCUGACCGAGCAAAGCGUCCGUCAACUAUUGGUGCAAACCCAAGCGGAUACUCUUCCUCAUCUCGUAUUGAGCAAACGAAGAGACGUCAUCGAGAAGAUCGCUCAGGCACGGAAAGCUUCUAUCAUCGACGUCUUGACGCAUCCAAGAGCCAAUCUCGCGAAGAUACUCGCCUUGCUCUUAUCACAGCCCGUCGCUGAAGUCGAACGAACAGCAAUGGAGACUCUCGCGGCUGUUGAGCCUACUAUACGUGAUGGCAGUAACAACCGGCUUGAUUCCUGGGUUGCACUGGACAUAACCGGCAUUGCCAUCGAGAUACUGAAACUAGCGGCCGACCAAGAAGGUGUCAGGAAAAAACCCUAUUACAAGGGAUUCAGCACCCUUGCGUCUCUCGCACCGGAUACGAAAUCAGGUCAGCGCAAAUCUUCGUCAAAGACCAAGAAUCUGGAUGCAUUCUGCGAGACACAUAUUCUAGGCAUUAUAGCAUAUUUCUCGAACGUCAUCGAGGCCCCUAGCGCCCACGGAAAGGCCGUUCCCCAUACAACGCCCGAAAGGAAGAGGUGCAUAGCUGCUAUAGGUGAUCUGAUCAACCUCGCACGAUUUAGCGUAAAUGGGGCGUUGCCCCAGAUCCGAGCCUGUCUCCAAUCGGCCAUGGGAGAUCCAGACCUAUGUGACGAUACAUUCACAGUCUGGUCUGCUUUCUUGGCAGCUCUCGACGGAGACGAAACAAUGCUAGUCGUUGAUCAAACAUUCGCACUGAUUGUACAACACUGGUCGAUUUUCUCCGAAGAUACGCAGCUCAAAGCUCAAAAAGCCAUUGAGAGCAUGAUACAGCAGGACAAUGCACAACUUCGAGCUAGGGUUGAGUAUCUUCCUUCUCUAGCGGGCAUAUCAAUGCUCUCCAAAAUUGAAGGAGAACUAGUAAAGUUCAAAGAUAUGGUCGAGACUAUCAAGGUCUUUCAUGCCUUCAGCAAUCGAUGCAAAGACCAGAACUCAGUAGUAGUGCGGCAGGCACUGAGAGAGCUUGUGCCGUUUCUAGAUGAUAAUCAGCAGGAGUUGCACCAGUCUGUAGUCGGCCAGAAACCUCUCCCGGUGUUGGCGGCAUUGACGCGGUCUCUCCUUGAUGCUAGCGUACGAUUUUCUGAAGACCAUUCUGAUAUCACCAUUCUUUGUGCUCAAUGCCUCGGCAUCAUCGGCGGUCUUGAUCCAUAUCGAGUGGAAACGGUUCGUGAAAAGAAGCGUGUCUUAAUGCUAUCCAAUUUCUCACGCAGAGACGAGGAUAUCGAUUUCGUGGCAUUGCUCCUUGAGCAAGUUCUGGUCAAGGUCUUCUUGUCUACCACAAAUGCUAAAGCACAGGGCUGGAUCGCCUAUGCCAUGCAGGAGAUGCUCAAGCAUUGCGGAUUCAGUGCUCUCCGCGGAGCGAAGCCUCGGUCUUCGCAGACUAGUACAGAGGCACUACGUUGGAACGAUAUUCCAGAGGCUGUCAGAACUGUGUUAACGCCCUUCCUGGAUUCCAAAUACUCUGUCAACAUGAACCCAUCAAUACAGUACGAGGGUCCGACAUAUCCGAUUUUCAACUCGAAGCUCAGCCAUGGAACCUGGCUCCAGACUUUUGUUUACGACCUGUUGCGAAAAGGGCAGGGUGUCAAUGUUGAGAUGGUCUUCCCCGUUCUAGCUAGAAUCAUCAGAGGCUACGAUCUUUCAAUAGCUACCUUCAUACUUCCGUUCGCAGCCUUGAACGUUAUCGUAUCGGACAACGAUGAGAACAUGGCCAAUGUUGGCCGAGAGCUCUUGCAGAACGUAUUCCAAACGCUCGACUACCUGUCAUUAUGGUUACAAGAAAAGAAGAAGUCCCUGACUGAAGCAAGAACAAUGGCAGGCAAAACGGGACGCGGUGUGUCCGAGGACGAUGAGAUGAACUCCAUCAAGCAGGUCAGUCGCGUUGAAGGAAUACUCCAGCUCAUUCCUGCGGAGAUUAUAUCUCGACGAGCUGUCGAAUGCGGUUCGUACGCUCGGGCUUUAUUCCACUGGGAACAGUACUUUCGUCAGCAGCGAGACAAGAAGCUGGCGUCGAAGCAGCCUUUCUCCGAGAAGGACGAUUUAUUGCAACAUCUGCAGAUGAUCUACGCGCAUAUCGACGAGCCGGACAGUAUCGAAGGAAUAUCGGCCCAUCUCAAGGUCCUCAAUCCUGAGCAGCAGAUUAUCGAAGAUCGUAAAGCUGGACGGUGGACAGCGGCUCAGAGUUGGUAUGAAAUUGCUCUCUCCGAAAAACCAAACGAUGUCGAGACUCAGAUCAAUCUUCUCACUUGCCUGAAGGAGUCCGGUCAAUAUGAUUCGAUUCUUAAUUACGUGGAUGGCUUCCAUGCGACUAACCCGCUUUCGAGUAGCACAUUGCCUUUUGCAGCUGAAGCAGCCUGGUCUGCUGGUAAAUGGGAACAACUCGAUCGACUGCUUGGUGCAGUCAGUGUCGCAGACCCCAAUCUUUUUGUGGAUUUCAACGUUGGAGUAGGUCGAGCGCUGUUGGCACUUCGCCAUAAGAACCGCGUCGAGUUUCAGAGCGUCAUCGCAAAACUGCGAGAAUUUCUGGCAAAGAGCAUGUCUCCAUCUACCACAGCUUCUGUACAGGCAUCGCAUGAAUAUCUUGUAAAACUGCAUGCACUAUACGAGGUUGAAGCUGUAAGUGGUAUGGGCAAUGGGGUCGCGACAGACCGUGAAACCAUCCUUGAGAACCUGGACCGACGGUUGGACGUCAUCGGAGCGUACACAUCGGACAAGCAAUAUCUUCUGGGACUACGCCGCGCCGCCAUGACAUUGUCUCGCAUCGAAUUCACGAAUCUCGACAUCGCUUCGGCAUGGCUUACGACAGGACGACUGGCUCGUAAGGGAGGCUUCAUGACAACGGCUUUCAAUUCAGUGCUUCACGCUGAGCGACUCGGAGAUAACGCGUCUAAGAUUGAGUAUUCAAAGCUGCUUUGGAAAGAAGGCCACCAUCGCAAGGCCAUACAAAACCUACGUGGCGCAAUCGACAGUAAUGCGUUUCAGCAAGAGGACACAGUACCCAUCAACGUCUCCGUGACUACAGUCGGUCGAGGCGAGGAGCACUCAAUGAACAAGGUUAAGUGCCAUGCUCAACUAUUGCUCGCUAAAUGGCUAGAUCGCGCGGGUCAGACACAGUCGAUGUCUUUGAAAGAGGAGUAUGUAACAGGUGUGCAAACGUAUCCCCGAUGGGACAAAGGUCACUACUACCUGGGUCGAUGGUAUCUGAAGCUUCUCGAGUCGGAGAAGCGACAGCCGAUAACAAAACAGAGCUCUGAAUACCUCGCAGGCAGCUUGAUCAAGCUGGUCAUUGAGAACUUUGUCCGCUCUACGGUAUACGGGACGAAGUACUACUACCAGACUCUGCCCAAGAUACUUACGCUGUGGUUGGACAUGGGUAUGGAAGUUAUGAACAAUGUACCCAGAUCCGCCAAAGAUAAGGAGUUUCAUGAGCAUCGGCUCAAUUACCUUGACCACAUCAACAAGUACGUCAAGCGCUACGCCGGAGAGCGGAUGCCUGCAUUCGCUUGGUAUACUGCUUUUCCACAGAUCAUUACACGCAUCAGCCAUCCAAACAAGAGCGUUUGGGAUGCUCUCCAGACGAUCAUCAUUCGAGUCGCUUCAUCGUACCCACAGCAGGCGCUCUGGGCUUUACUCGCUGUCCUUCACUCUACGCAGGAUGACCGUAGAGCUCGGGGUGCUGCUGUGUUGCAGAAAUUACGCGUAGGUUCUCGAUCUGGUCAAGGUCAGAAAUCCGCUAACAAGAAGAAGGACACAACCAAACGCAAAGGAGCUUCUGUCGAUCUCAAGAACCUCAUCAUCCAAGGGCAGCGACUCACAGACGCGCUAUUGGCAGCUUGCGAUGCUCCCAUAGAGUCACGAGUAGCACACGUGAGCUUAGCAAGGGAGCUGGGAUUCAACCACAAGCUCGCUCCCACACCUCUGGUGGUGCCUAUCGAGGCCAAUCUGCUUCCGAAUCUGCCCGCUGGCAACGACAGCCAAGCUAUCCGUCGUCACAACCCAUUCUCAGCCGAUGCCAUCACCAUACAGUCAUUCGAUGACGAUGUGUUAGUCUUGUCGUCUUUACAGCGUCCACGGAAGCUGAACGUACGCGGUUCAGACGGACGCUCAUACGGCCUACUUUGCAAACCAAAAGACGAUUUACGCAAGGACCAGCGGCUCAUGGAGUUUAACGCCAUGAUCAAUCGGGCUCUUCAAAAGGACAUUGAGUCGAGCAAACGUCGCCUGUAUAUCAAAACAUAUGCCGUGACACCUCUCAACGAGGAGUGCGGAGCCAUCGAAUGGGUCGAAGGCCUCAAACCAAUGCGCGACAUUAUCCUUCGUUUCUACCGCCAACGCAACAUCCCAAUCGACUAUACCGAGAUCCGUAUGCUGCUCAAUGAAGCCUCGUCAUCGCCCUCCAAACUCACCAUCUUCACUGAACGCAUCCUCGGUAAAUUCGUGCCUGUGUUGCAUGAAUGGUUCGUAGAGACAUUCCCCGAGCCAGAAGCGUGGUUCGCCGCACGUCUCCGCUACACACGGUCUUGCGCUGUGAUGAGUAUCGUUGGACACGUAUUAGGUCUAGGAGACCGACACGGUGAAAAUGUACUCCUAGAACAAGGCGACGGCGGCACCUUCCACGUAGACUUCAACUGCCUCUUCGACAAAGGUCUCACAUUCGAGAAACCUGAGCUCGUUCCCUUCCGCCUCACACACAACAUGGUCGACGCCAUGGGCCCCCAGGGCGUGGAAGGCCCAUUCCGCAAAGCCGCUGAACUCACGUACAAACUGCUUCGGCAGCACGAAGACACGCUUAUUACCAUCUUGGAGACAUUUGUGCAUGAUCCCACGGCGGACUUUCUGGGCGGCAAACGGAGGAAGAAGAUUGUGGGUGUGCCGGAUACGCCGCAGGAAGUCCUUGAUAUCACGCGUACGAAAGUGAAUGGGUACUUGAAGGGGGAGAGUGUGCCGCUGAGUGUAGAGGGAUAUGUCGAGGCGCUUAUUGCUAUGGCCAGGGACCCGCAUAACUUGGCGGCUAUGUAUAUCGGGUGGUGUGCUUUCUUUUAG